AUGAUAAAACAAACUUUUAAUUGGAGAAAGAAGGUUGCAAAACGGUUCGAGUCCGUUCUGCAAGGCGUUAUCAAUCGGAUAAAUCAUCGCCGGGUAAGAAGACCCGAUAAAAAUGGAGGUCAUCGAACAUACGACUCUCGUCGUAAACUCCAUUCCCGCGGGAUUACAAAAAUGUUUCUGGCGAAUGGAGCGGGAAUUGGAAUGGAAAGAGAGAGGGUUGAAAAAUCAGAAAAUUGAACAAGUACAGUGCGUACCAUUUUGCAUCCAGGAAGUAUCAAAAAAUGUGGCAAAAUACCUCCCUCUCAAAGUGAAAAAACUCAGAUUUCAAAAGCCCGCCCGAACUUUUUGUGAGGAAAAGGGCACGCCCUUCAAAACGAAGUUUUUUCACUUGGAGAGGGAAGCAUUUUGCCACACUUUUGAUGCUUCCCGGAUGCAAAAUGAUACGUUUUUUGCCACUGGAUCAGGUCCCCCACUGUAGAUGAGAUACAGUGGAUGUUUUGCAAAACCAUCGCCUAUAGCCGACACCUGUCUACAGUGAUGGACUUGAUCCAGUGGAAAAAAACGUAUCAUUUUGUAUCCGGGAAGUAUCAAAAAAAGCCGCAAAAUACCUUACAAAAAAACUUGAUUUUUCCAUUUUUUUUCCAAAAUUUCACCAACAACCAAAACUUCAUUUCCAUUUCAGAAACCAGCUGGUGGGAGAUUGGCCGAACAUCAAAACGCCAAAAAGAAGAUGUCAACAAGUGAGGAGGCCAGUUCGACGGCUGCAUCCACUUCCGAAUCCAGCACUGUGGAUUCGAGAAGAAGCCAGAGGGCUGCGCCAGCCAAGCCUAGUCGAGUCAAGACCCAGCCAGAGGUUCUGAAAGCCGAGGCGAAGAGAAGCGAGGCCAGGGCGAAGCGAAAGAAAGAGAGGAGAGAGCGGGAGGAGAGAAGAUCGGAGAGAAAAGAGGAGAAGGAGCGGGAGGAGAGAAGAUUGGAGAGAAGAAGCAGAAAAGAGCGGGAGAAGAGAAGAGAUGAGGAGAAGGAAAAGAGUCGAAAGAGUGAGUUACUGUAUCAGAUAUAUGUAGUACUAUCAGUCUGUCGGGAAAAUAAUGAGCACUUUGCGCAGCGUAAAUCUCAUCGCUGCCGGGAAAAUGAAUUGUCGCGGCAAAAAAAAGUCGCUUUCCGAUUCAGCGACGCGACCGGCGCAGCGAAAUUUUUUCAUUAUUUUCCCGACAGGCUGAUAUUAGUAUUUUCAUAAAGUGCAUGGGCAUUUUUUCGCUUUCGCACAGUGAAUUUUAAGCCUUUUCUCACGCUUGUCGCUAACGCACAGUGCAUUUUCUCUUUUCGCAAGGUGCAAGCCCAAAAAACACUCCAUUUUUUGCAAAAGGCUAUUUUUUGGGCUUGCACUGUGCGAAAAGAGAAAACGCACUGUGAGUUACAGUGGCGGACCUGAUCCAGUGGCAAAAAACGUACCAUUUUGCAUCCGGGAGGUAUCAAAAAUGUGGCAAAAUGCCUCCCUCUCCAACUAAAAACUAAAAAAAUACUCCGUUUUGAACAGCGCGCCCUCUCCCUCACAAAAAGAGCAGGCGCGCUUUUGAAAUCGGAGUUUUUUCACUUGGAGAGAGAAGCAUUUUGUCACAUUUUUAAUACUUCCCGGAUGCAAAAUGGUACGUUUUCUGCCACUGGAUCGGGUCCCUCACCGUAGCGAAAUGCGGGGGGGAAAAAGUCAAAAAUGCAUUUUGCGAAAGCGAAAAAAUGUCCAUGCACUUUAUGAUUCAAUUUUUUUUCUCAUUUUUUCAACUCUUUUUUUUUAUUUUGAAUGACCAAUCUUGUAUUUUUCAGGGUCCUCUACACCGAUCCGAUCCAAAAAGUCCAACGAUCCCAACCGUUGCCGACCCACCGACACCUCCAAACGUUGCCUGCGGCAAUACUAUGCGGGUGUGAGAACGUCGGAGGAAAUGAACCGCAAGGUGCGUCGGUCUCAGUUCCGGCUCUACUACAAGAUUGAUCCGGAUGUGGAUAUGACCAGAGAGAUGCAGUUCAGCAUCCCGUUGUUCGUUGCUUACAAGGACUCGGAGAGAAAUGUAAGCAGAAUUUAUUGGGAAACUUUGUCAGUUUUAGCGCGGCACUCUUUUUGAAAUUUUGCGUAAAUUUUGUUAACAAGCCAUAUAUUAAAUACUGAAAAUGUUGGCUUGCGAUUUGCAAGGAGAGCUGAGAUAUUCAACUAGCCUUUUUUGGAGUGAAUACGUAAAAUUAGGAGAGUCGGUCAGAGAAAAAUUGACUUUUUGAAUUUUUACGGGGAAAAAUUAGUUUUUGGUAGGCGUUUACCAUCCAAAAAGCCAAAAAUUUCGAUCUAAUUUUUUUUUUUUUUAAUUUUGCAUAAUUAAAAACUCCUUUUUAUAUUUUUGUUUAAUUUUUGCUUUUUAAAAUUUCCCUCAAAAAUCACAACCGAAUUUUUGACCAAUACCCUUUCAGAUGUACCAUUUCCCAGUGAUUGCCACUGAACACGAACGCUAUGGUCGUAAAUGGUCGAUUGGCUUGCCCGGCGAGGACAGAAGAGCCUCUUUUUCGAAUUUGCCAAAGCUUUUGGACUAUUACGAGGUCUACAACUUUGUCCAUCCCGAUAAUGGUUCGAUUGAAGUUUUCCCGGUCUGGCUAGUUCAUGAAUCCCAGAAAGACUAA